CUAAUUAAAUCACCAAAAAUUUAUUUUAUUGAACUAGAAAAAAUAAUAACAAAAUUAAUUUUGAAAAACAAAAGGUUAAGAAAAUCAAAGGAAUUAAUGGGGAAAAUUGUAAUGAAAUGAGGUCUAGCAAUAUCAGAUCUUAAAACUGUAUUACAGGGCAACUAGGUGGAGCAGUGGAUAGAGCAUGGGCCCUGCAUUCUGGAGGACCUGAGUUCAAAUCCAGAUCAUACACUUAACAACUCGUUAGCUGUGUGACCCUGAGCAAGCCACUUAACCCCAAUUGCCUCACCAAAACAAAAACAAAAACAAAAACACCCUGUAUUACAAGGCAGUCAUUAUCAAAACUAUCUGCUACUGGCUAAGAAAUAGGUGCAUCAGCAGACGAAGGAACGGGCAAGGCUGGCCGGCGAAAGAUGGUGUCCCAGACGAUGUUCGGCCAAGUGUACUGGCUCUUCUUCUGCAGGUCGUCCACCUUUGCACUCACCAUCGCCGUGGGCAUCUUGUUCUUUGAGCGAGCCUUCGACCAGGGCGGCGACGUCGUCUAUGACAGCAUCAACCACAGGAAAUUCUUGAAGCACAUAAAGCACAAGUAUGAGGAGGAAUAGCUGCCAGCGCCAGACCUGGGCUUGAGACCGAGGGGAUCCGAUUGUGCUGUCCAUGACGGCAGCCCCCAGCAGGGAGAAGGCCCAGUCAGAUGCUGCAUGUGACGCGUUCAUGGCAUUCGAGACUCCACUUCGGCUACAUAGGUUCUGAGAACCUACAAAUAAAUAGGAUGUGA